AUGUCUACUUUUUCGUACGCACAAGCUGCCAAGGGCACUUCCGGGACACCGGUCCAAGCCAAAACACCAUCAGAGCCCGAGAAGACCGAGACCCCAGUGGUGGAGCAGACCAACACUGAACCCACAACGGAGACUGUAUCAGCUCCCGUCGAGGCCGAGGCUCCUCAAAAAUCCGAACCCGCUGUUGAGGAGAAGGAUGAUGACUUCACUACCGUCACCAACAAGCACGCUGCCAAGUCUAAGGCACUGAACUCCCGAACAUCCAGCCCGAACGUCCGCCCAGGCUCCAAGUCGCGCAAGACCAAGGAGGACGAUUCAUCAAAUACCGCGAAUGGCACCGCAGAUGCCACCGAGAAGCAGAUUUCCACCGAUGGACAGACUGAGAAGGCCGAAGGUGCCGAGAAGUCAACUGAGAAGUCCGAGGAUGCCGAGAAGGAUACACCCCCCAAGGAAUUGAAGGCCGCCCCUCUUCCCUCUGUCAACAUCUGGCAACAGCGCAGAGAGGCGCAGGAUCUCAAGGUCAAGGUCGUGCCUAAGUCUACUGCUACCGGCAAGGCCUCCAAGGCUGCCUCAAACGCGGACGAGAGCCAGCAGGACUCGUCUAAGGCCACUAAGAAGAAGGGUACCGACGGUGCUGCCGAAGGCACCAAGGACCGCAAGAAGACCGAGGGUGGAAAGGCACGCGAUGCCGUUCCCUCAGUAGAGGACUCUACCGCGUGGCCCACCCCCCAGGUUGCGAUUGUGGAAGAGAAGAAGAAGACCCAGGAGAAGACCGAUAAGAGUCCUGUCAUCAGACCCCAUGGCAAGGAGAAGUGGACUCCUGUCCCAUACGUUCCCACCGCCGUUUUCAACACCCCUCUCCCCUCCGCUGGUGGUGGCGGUGGUGGUCGUGGAGGCCGACGGGCUACCCGCGGUGGCCGUGACGGAGGUCGUGGAGCACACGGAAACGGUGCGGCUGGUGUUGACAAGGCUACCGCUGGCCAGGCAGCCCAAGGCGCGAAGCAGGCAUCCGGAGAGCGAGGACGUCAAGAGUCUGGCACUGGACGUGCUGCCUCCCUCCCGGCCCAGUCCCGACGCUCCACUAGCACUGAAGCUGGCGCCGCUGCCGAUGCGCGCAAGGCUACUCAAGCCACUGAGCGCGGCCGUGGACCUCGCAGUGGAGAUGAGAACGCCAAUGGUAAGCAGGUGAACGGAGGAGAGAAUGUUCCUCGUGCCCAGCGUGAGGGUAAGGCCUUUGGCCGUAACCAGGAUCCUCGCCAGAAGGGUGGAAACUUGGCUGUUGACUCCCAAGCUGCAGCCCGCUCCAACGACCGUCGUUUCGAGGCUGGCUCCAAGUCCGCCGAUCCCACUGGCUUCAACGACUUCCCCCGUGAACGCGGCGAGUUCCGCUCCGAGCGUGGUGGCCGUGCCAACCGCGGUCGCGGUGGUCCUUACUCUGGCUUCGGCGGCCAGAACGGUCAGUUCGGCAACCCUGCCAUGGCCAACUCUUUUGGUGCCAACAAGUCCUUCGGUUUCAACGACCGUCAGCGCACCCAGCAGCACGCUAUCCCCAAUGGAUCGCAACAACCUAACCGUAUGCCCCUCCGAUCGCCCUCUUUGCCCAAUUCUGGAAAUGUUUAUGGUGUUUAUCCUUUCCCAGGUGACAUCAAUACGAUGUACGGCUACCAAGCUGUGAACCCCGCCCCUAUGAGCGCCAUGCCCUACCAGCAGUACAUGGAGCCGUACGCGCUUCUGAAUCUGCUCUCCAUGCAAUUGGAGUACUACUUCUCGGUCGACAACAUGUGCAAGGACAUGUUCCUCCGUAAGCAGAUGGAUUCCCAAGGUUUCGUUCCCUUGCACGUGCUCGCUAGCUUCAAGCGUGUCAAGUCCCUCACCGAGGAUUUCGAACUUCUCCGCCACGUUGCUCGCCAGCUCCGCACUGUGGAGUACCACACCAGCGAGGACGGCGUCGACCACCUGCGCCCCAGAGAGAAGUGGCAGCAGUGGGUUCUCCCCGUGGACCAGCGUGAGCCCGUUGCCCAGCACGACGGAGCUGCCCCCACCACCAAGACCGACGAGAACGCCCAAAUCAACACUCACACCGAAAGCGCCAUCAACGGCUCCGCUCCCCAGUUUGUCCCCAACGGAAGCGCCAAGACCUCCUUGUCGUCUGCCGCCCCGGAGUUCAUGCCCUCCACAGCAGGAAGCGAGAUCACCAAUGUAGGAUACCCCAUGGAUUCCCCUUUGUCCCCCGAAGACCUCCCUUCGUCGUCGGUCCCCUUCCCCUGGGAUGACCCAAAUGUUGACAUAAACCCAGCGCGCGGAUUAGACUCCCAGUCUGAACCUCCUUUCCCCUCUGAUUUGGAAUCAACUACGGGCUCGAUGAGAUAUGAUGAGGAAUAUAACCCAUACUAUGCCAGCAGUGCUGCUUAUUCGAUGGGAGAUUCCUUUGCUCAAAGACAUCACCCGGAGCCCCAAUCAUGGGGGAAGAGCCGUCCAUUCACAGAUACGCCCAAUUAUGUUCCCAAUUCUUUCGACGUGUCUCGCGAUGAAACUUUCAACGGCCGCGGCCGAUCGGUGGCCAGGAGGUCUACUUUCGAAAACUUUCAGUCUUACGAAUCCCGGUCGUCACGCUUGGCACAAAAAUUCGAUUCCGACUUGUACAAUGAUUUUAGGCGUUCAGCCCUUGAUGACCUUUUAACACGACAUGCUGACCACGGGUUCAAUGUGCUUAUGGACUUUUAUCGGACAUCCAUGCUUGGCCAACACUGCGUUUCCAACCUGGUAUUGAACGACAUGGUUCGCCUCUCACAGGAAGGGCCCGACGUUAGCACCAUCGUAUUGAAUACGGUCAACGAAGCCCUCACCAGUGGAAACAUGAAGACCCACAAUCGGAGAAAAGUCAACAAAUAUUUCAAUACCCAGCACGGCAAGACGCCCAAAGAAAAGUUAUCAUGUUGA